AUGACAUUUGAUAUAAAAGAUAUACGCCAUGAAAAGUCUUUAGUGGGUACUAGUUGGCAGCCGGUAUAUUCCGCAGAUGCUCUGUUUGCUCGAGAUGAUUUUGAAAAAGCCAUGUUGAAUAUUAUAAGACAUCCUAACGUGAACUCCACUGUUAUAAUGAGAGCCGAUAUAUUAAACGAGGUGAAUAUUGUUGACGGAAUACCAAUUAACGUCAAUGGAGCUGUUACAUCCAACCCCCCUCUAAUUGAUCCCAUAGGAAUGCCACUUACUCAUAAUUUAGAAGAUAUUGAGACUAGAGAUGGGAAAGUGGAUAGAUCAUUCUUGACUUUGUCCAAAAUCAUCAUAAGACGAAUAGUUCCAAGAAACCCAUUAAGAGAUGCUGUAAUAAACCAGUCUUGUCUUGUAUUUACUGGAGCUGAGGGAGUAGAGACCAUGUUAGUCGCAUAUAUUCCUCAUUUAUUAACUCCCCAAGAUUGUCCCUUCUAUCUACCACCAGUUGAGGCGGUGGGUAUUCUAUAUCAUAAGAACUCCGUUUCUCUGCACUAUAUUCUAUUCGGCCACGAAAGGUUAAAAGGAGGUAAACUGAAUAUUUCUGAAAGUGCGAAUGAAGUUCUUUCGGCGGGAGGAAAACAAAAAAAGGGUGCUGAAGUCUCCAAUAUUAAUCACGUUUCAUCUUUGACAGAGCUGGACGAUUCAGACAGAUCCCUUCGCAUAGCAUUACACCUUUUACAAACUUGUCACAAGCAUUCUAGUGGAGUAAUGAACGGAUAUAAGAAACGAGUUAACCAUGAUUUGGUUGUCGAGAAGGUUGCAUUCCAAGAUCGAUAUAUGGACUUGAAGCAGAGAUAUGCCAAAGAACUCGUCGCAAACUGGGCAGAGCAGACGGAUCCUAAGAAGCACGUCUUUGAAGAUCUUGCCAUUGCUGCAUUUUUAAUCGAGCUAUGGGCGCAAAUGUAUCCUAAUAAGAAAGAUUUCUGCUUCUAUGACUUGGGCUGUGGUAAUGGUCUAUUGGUACAUAUUCUGAUUUCCGAGGGAUUCCAAGGAAAAGGUAUAGACGCCAGGACGCGAAAGUCAUGGGCAACUUAUCCACCUCAUGUCCAGUCACAGUUGAAAGAGCAAGUUAUAAUCCCAGAGCCAAUUUUCCACCAGGUCCACGAAAAACCAACUGAGAUGAAACAAGAACAAAAUUUGAAAGAAGCAAGAAACCAGGCUUCCAAGUCGCCAAAAGAUACGACACUUCAGUUCCAAUCUAAAGUUGCAUACACCUAUGACGAAAUGAAAAAAGAUUCGACUAUUAAUUUAUUGAACCUACCACCCAAUGCAUUUGUAAUCGGUAACCAUUCGGACGAGUUGACGGUAUGGAUCCCAUUACUUGGGUUUCCGUUUGUGGUCAUCCCAUGUUGCUCACAUUCACUUUCUGGAGCUAAAUACAGGUUCGCUCCUCGAAAUCCCAAAGAUCCUGAAUCAAAAUCUUCCUAUGCAUCACUUGUUGACCAUGUCGAAGAUGUUGCAACCCAAGUGGGGUGGAAAGUAGAAAAGGAGAUGUUACGAAUUCCAAGUACCCGGAAUGCUGCGAUUAUUGGCAGAACUAAAACAUUUCCUCCCAGCAAAACGGUUAACCAAAUCAUAGUUGAAGAAGGUGGAACAGAUGGAUGGAUAGAAAGAACGAUGUCUUUGAGAUCUAAAUCCCCUCGAAACCAUUGA